UUAGAUUAAUCGAUAAGCUGCAUUCUUUUUACCUUAAAAAACUAAAAAAGCAUAAAUUACAAGUCUAAUAAGCUACAUUAAGUCCUAAGUUUUAAUUUUAAUAAAGCUCACUAUUUAAGUAUUUAACAGAUUCACUAAUUCAGUUAAGAUAAGUUUAGUCCGAUGCACUUUUAUUAGGCUAUUAAUUUUUAAAUGUGGAAAAAAAAAAGUCGUUCAUAUUGCCAUUACCGAACUUUCUCUCUCCCCGCCAUAGAAGCGCAGAUUGCACCAAUUCAACCUCUGAUCACCCCUUCACCAUUCUUCUCUCUCACAUUGCCGCCAAUUUUCCGAUCAUAAUUCAGCAUUUUCUCUCUCCUUUAAAUCACUCUCCCUCCCAACACAUUUCCAUCUUCUCUCCUAAAAAAACAGAGAAAAUUAAUGUAAAAUGUGCCGAAAUUAGGGAUUUUCAAAACUAAAAUUCCUCGAAUUCUUCCUCAAUUCAACCAUUACAUUGCUAAAGUUGAUGAUAUGAGAUUUCAAUGACGUCCAGAAAUCGGACGAUUUUGUUUAGGCAGCACAGAGAUGCGCUGAAGAGCGUACGAACGCCGAUCGAAGGAACGACGUCGCAUCAACAUAGUAUUGAAUUGGCUGCUACCUCUUUGCUUCAUCGUGGUGCUCGUUCUUAUACGCCUAUUAGUUCUGAGGAUCCUGGAACUUCUAGGAAAGGUGCAGUAGAAGUUGGUCUGCCACCAGCUUGGGUAGAUGUAUCUGAAGAUGUGGCAUCAAAUGUGCAGCGUGCACGUUCAAAAAUGGCUGAGUUGACAAAGGCCCAUGCAAAAGCAUUGAUGCCAUCAUUUGGAGAUGGUAAAGAAGAUCAGCGCCGAAUUGAGAACCUUACUCAUGAAAUAACGAAUUUGAUAAGGAAAUCAGAAAAGAGUUUGCAUAGACUUUCUGCUGGUGGACCUACAAAGGACUCGAAUGUCAGGAAAAAUGUGCAGCGUUCGUUUGCAACUGAUCUUCAAAGCUUAUCAAUGGAGCUUCGGAAAAAGCAAUCUGCAUAUUUAAAGCGCCUUCAAAAGCAAAAGGAGGGCUCAGAUGGAGACUUGGAAAUAAAUAUGAAUGGAAGCAGAUCUCAAGUCGAAGAUACUGACUUGGAUGAUCAGGAGAUGAAUGAGCACCAGCUAGCAAGGAUAAGGAAAAGUGAAGCCUUCACUGUAGAAAGGGAGCGAGAAAUCCAGCAGGUUGCAGAAUCAGUGAAUGAGCUUGCUCAAAUCAUGAAGGAUCUCUCAGUGUUGGUGAUAGAUCAGGGUACAAUUGUUGAUAGGGUAGAUUACAACAUUCAGAAUGUAGCAGCAACUGUCCAGGAGGGCCUAAAACAGCUUCAGAAGGCAGAUAGAAAUCAGAAGCAUGGGGGAAUAGUGAAAUGUGCAACCAUUCUCAUUAUAAUGUGCUUUGUCAUGCUGGUUCUCCUAGUAUUGAAGGAAAUUAUUUUGUGAAAAGUGAAGGUAUUGGUUUUCACCUAUUCAGGUUCUUGGCAGGUUCACCUAAAGACGCCGUGUACUUAAUUUUCCAUUCUGUUUUGAGAGCUUUUAAUAGGGAUUACAUGAAUCAAAACCACAAACGAGUGUGUAUACAUACAAAUGUACUAAGACAACAAUUACAAGACUACAACAUCAGACAAAGGCAGCUAUAGUUUUAUUUCAUUUAUUGGAAGAACUACUCUGAAGUAAAACAUUGGUUUUUUUAGAUCUUUCUUCUUCAGAUGAUUCUUUAAAGAUUCAGACAUUGUUUAUCUGUAAACAUUAUUAAGCAAUGAA